ACGCCAAUCCGCGGCGUUCGAAGUGUUGUUAUCGCGAGAGACGAGCGGGCUCGGGUUCCUUCUUUCCUCCUAACCUCCUUCGACAGCCUUUGGACCUCGAGGAGAGGGGCGUGGCUAUGCAAGCGAAGUGGGCGGAGGCUUCCGGCGGGGUUUGGCACUGACGUGGAGAAUCCAGGGGGAGCCUCUGGGGCUUGACAGGUAGAGGAGGCGAGGAGAGAGCGAGCAGCUGGAUGCGGAUGCUGAGCUCGAGGCAGGCGCUUCCGGUGAGGGGAAAAGGCAGGGCGACCCCCCCUCCCCCCACCAAUAAUAAUAAUAAUAAUAAUAAUAAGGGUUGUAAAGGGGAACUCGGACGGUACCUGUGGCGGGAGGAGAGCCUCGCAAUUCCCCCCCAAGCCUACCCCGUAAGGGCUGUUGUGAAGAAAAAAUAGGGAUGGCAUCAUGUAGCUAUUGCUGGUUUUUGUUAUUAUUAACCACUGUUGGUAGUAUUGUGAUGUUUGGAAGAAUGUGAUGUUUAAAUAAAAUUCAUUUUCUAGGCUUUUCACACACACACACACACACACACAAGCAAUGCUAGAUAAGUAAAAACUAAAUUUCUCUAGUGAAAGCAGAUUUCUCUCCCUGUUAGGUAUAUGAACCAGGCCAAAAGGUAGAGCAAUACAGUCAUGCCUGAGCUACAGAAAGUAUCCAUGCUGGUACAUGGAUAUAGAAUUCUGUGCAUUAAAAAAUAUGGGAGCUAUGAAAUGAUAAAACAAAGAAAAUAGUCUGUUCUGUUAUUGUGCAGCAUCCAUUCUGUGCAUUUCAGAGGAACUGCCAACCAGUCAGAGCUGAUUUAGAUGUUGCUUUGAAUAGCGGGGUGGGGAAACAUAGUUUAUGCCAUGGCACUGACAUGGUGCUUACCUGCAGUGAGAUUUGUGUGCUCUGGAGCACUUUGUUAAUUUAUUUAAUACCGUUUAUAGACUGUCCUACAGCCAAAGUUAUCUGGAUGGUUUACAGGGAUUAAAACCAACAAAAAUGAACAAACAACAACAUAAAACCAGAAUAACGUCACAAAGUCACAAUUCACUUUAAAACAGCAGCAGUAAAUCAAUUUAAAACUGAAGGCAGAGAGCUUUCAGAGAUAGCAAGUCACUUCUUAGGUGAUGGUGGGUUUUUUCUCCUUUCCAGGUAGUUUGGAGCAGUCAGAGUCUCCCACAAGAAGCCAUCAAUAAUUUGGAACCAUGUUUGCAGACUUGGACUAUGACAUUGAAGAGGACAAGCUGUAAGUGUCUUUGCUUUUCUAUCUUUUUUUACUCAGUAGGUUUGUAUGUAUAUAUGUUUUUUCUGGAAAAAAAGAGCUGUUCAGAUAAGGCAUUAGUACUGUCAACUUUUUGGACUGCACCCACAGAAUUUGGGUUGGAAAAAAGUGGAAUGCACACCCUAAAAAAUAACCCUGAAUAUCCUUAAAGGGUUGAAUUUAGAGCUGAUUUGCAUAUGACUUGGUUUGGGGGCUUAAUUCAGUUCAUAAGGACAUAUCUCCUACUUGGGUUGGAUACUAUGAUUUUAAUUUUAUGAGAGAACAGGAAUGAGGUUUUGUAUCUGGAAAGGAAUACAUGUACUAGAAGGAGAAGGUAUUGCUAUUACUCUUAUGUAUGUAAACACAUAAUACGAUUUUCCUUUCUCUGAUAAUAUAAUUACUAUGUUUCAUGUGUGUUAUGUUUCUUAUGUGAUUGUUGCUGUCCCAAUAUAUUCUACAAUAUAUUCCAAAAGCAGAGAUGACACGUUGAUGGUGGCACCCACUUUUAUGCAAAUUUCUGUACCUCUGUUUCAUUCUAGGGGGAUUCCCACUGUGCCUGGGACAGUGGUCUUGAAAAAGGACUCUCAAAAUCUGAUUGGUAUCAGCAUCGGGGGAGGAGCUCAGUACUGUCCCUGCCUCUAUAUAGUUCAGGUUGGUGUUUUUAGGAGAGGAGUGUUUUAUCCUAGAGAAAAGAAGGACAGUUAGGAUUGCACUGAGGGUGAGAUUGGACCACACAGUUUUGAGCAUAGUGUAAUUCUCAGUUUCAUUGGACUUCCGCCAGCAAUAGCCUUACAUAUAAAUGCAAAAACAUUGUCUCCCAAUGCCUUUCUGUCUGUCACAGGGCAACCUGAGUGGCAGAUUUGGCAAGUUAACUGUAUUGGUCUAUUGGUCCGUUGUUAUUUGCUCUUUUUCUCUUUAAAAUACUUCAUAGACUUGUAAAGAACUAUAUUAUUAAGUUUACUGAAUUUCAUGUGUGUGACCUAAAAAGAAAUCCCGUGGGGAAAUCUCAUGAUCCAGUGAGAGCUGUGAACAUAUUCAGCAUUUUUCAUCUGCAAGGGAUGUGUCAUAAGUAACACUAAGGACAUUUUCCCAGUAUCUAACAAAUUUGAAUUUUUGACCUACACAAAUGUGAAGAACAUCCAUUUUUAAUUUGAAAUUAGGCUGUUUAAUUUGGGUGAUCCAGCAAAUAUGUGAGCAGAUGGGAUCAUGAAUAUGUUUUUUAUUGGUCUCCAAUAUUAGUUUUUCACCAUAGAGAAAUGCAGAGUCAGAGGUAUCCCUGCUGGGAUAUUGGUGUUUCUGUAAGUGGGGGGGACGGGACCCAUUUGAUCAUGAUAGUGUGUGCAACAACAACAUUCAUGAAAUUGAUAUGAGUGACAACUCUGAGGUUUAAAGACUUUUUAUAAAUAAUAUGAGCAAAGGGGCAUGAAAACAGAUGUGCUGCCAUUCUGGUUCCUUACUCCCGUCUUUGCCUUUUUCCUGCUUUCACCUUCACUGUGUCUUCCUCUUCAGGUAUUUGAUAACAGUCCUGCAGCUCAGGAUGGAACUUUGGCAGCUGGUGAUGAAAUCACAGGUGUGAAUGGGAAGUCAGUCAAAGGGAAAACCAAAGUAGAAGUGGCCAAAAUGAUACAGGUGGUGAAGGUGAGAGGUAGGAAGGGGUUUCUGGAAUGCAAAGUGUCCAUUGUUGCUUUUUAGUGGAAGUCGUCUCCCUUCCUCUCAAUUGCAGAACAAUAGCUCUGGCUUUUCCUGUUCCAGGGAGAAGUGACAAUUCAUUACAACAAACUCCAGGCUGAUCCGAAGCAGGGAAAGACAUUAGAUAUUGGUAUGUCGUGCCGACCUCUCGGUCUCCCUCGUAAUGCUGAUGUAAUAAACAGGACUGGCUUUUCUGUGGCAUUUCUUUUAUAAUUAGCCCAGUUAUGAUUUCCUCUUCAUUGGGCUUCUUCUGUAUGACUAGAUAUAAUAGUAUAAUUGCUGUGCUAUCGGCAUAGAGAAAUGAUUCUGCUCACAGAGUGUGUUUCUUUCCUGGAAUAUAGUGCUGAAGAAAGUGAAGCACCGCCUGGUAGAGAACAUGAGUUCAGGGACAGCAGAUGCCCUGGGACUGAGCCGAGCCAUCCUCUGUAACGGUAAGCAGCAUUCAAGGAGGACAUUCACACUUGGCCUCUGUGACUGUUCCAAGCAAUGCCAAGGACCAUGUUCACAUUCUCACAUACUUACAAAGUGUGUGUUGUCCUGAAAGUGGCCUUCUGCAUUGGUUCAUAAUUUUGUGGCAUUGAGAGCUGGGCUAAAUAAUGAGAUGUGAACCAGAAAGUCCUCGGUUCAAAUCUCGCCUUCAUCGGCAGCCUACUCUGUCUCAGCCUUAGCCCCUCAUCUGCAGUGUAGGAGUAAUAAUACUUCCCCUUACCUUCAGAACUGUUGUAAGGAUUAAUGAGAUAAUAUGUGUGAAGUACUUGAACAUUUCAUUGUGCUAUAUCACAAGGCUGACAGUGAAAGUUGGCAGAAAUUUGACGAACUGGAGAAUCCAAAUACAGUAUUCUUUCUCCUGAAUUUGUGAAAAGAUGUGUGAUUUCAGGACCCUCUCCUUCAGCUCUAGGCAGUCUUUUCCUGCUCUAAAGUCUGUCUGACAACUUUUCUCUUCCUCUUUCUCACUUGCCUCACCACUGCUCAAACUUUUCGUAGUUUGCUCUCUGGACUCCACUGCUUUGUCAUUCUUCAUUCUCUUUUCUAGGUGACAUGAAGAGGGUUGCCUUUUUCUGCACAGCAUAUACACCCGCUCUUCCACAUUUGUUUCUAUGUGACUUGAUGCCUGUUUCAUAAAUCUGUAUCAUGAAUGCGCAUUUGUGAAAGCUCUGACAGUGGGAACCCUAACUAGAGGAUUUCAGCUCUUAUCGCAUCAAACUCUCAUUGUAAUAAUGGAUCCCUACCCCUUUCCCUGGUUCUCUCUCUCUCUCUCUCUCUCUCUCUCUCUUUUUGGUAGAUGGGUUAGUAAAAAGACUGGAAGAGCUGGAGAGGACCGCAGAGCUAUACAAAGGUAAAUAGACAUUUUCCUUCCUUGUUGUGAAACAUAGAAAGAGGUUUGUGUCUUGGGGCUUAUGUUGAUCAUUUAUUGAAGGAUUGAAUGCUUUGAGAAACAUAUCUCACCCUCAUGGCCUAUAAGCUUUUAAGGUUUCAGCCCAGGAGGCUACCCCUGAUAAAUGCAUAGUAGAUAAGAGACAAGAUUUAUUUUCUUUAUUACAUUUAUAUCCUGUUUUUCCACCACUUAAAUCUUUAAGAGGGCUUGCAGAGUUUUUUUCAAUGGGGACAGGUAAAUAUUUCACCCUAGAACAAUAUUUCACCCUAGGACACACCAACAGACAACCUUAACCUAUACAAGAUGGUCAAUAACAUUUAUGUUACCACAGUUUUUUGCCUUGGUGUUGCUGGUAGGGCAGAGAGUAAAUCCUUCCAAGAAUCACUUGCAUGUCCCUGCGUACACACACACACAGAAACCAACCCAGGAGCAGAGCAGUUAAUGACAUCCAGGUCAGUGCUGCUCUUGCCAUACAGUCUUUCCUGCAUGCAGUCUCCCUGACAAGAACCAGCAUAGGCUACAUUUUUCUCAUGGUACGAAAGGUGAUGUCAGUGGAGAUUCCCCCCAACCUCACUUGGUCUUUGUUUUGUUUUCCCAAAAGCCUGCUGUGGUGCUAAUGUCCUGAAUUAAAAGUAAUGAUACCCCACCCCUUGUCCAUAGUGAAUGUUUUUUUCCCCCUCUAACUCUGUCUAGGCAUGACGGAACACACAAAGAGUCUCCUCAGAGCUUUCUUUGAACUUUCUCAAACUCACAGAGGUAAACAUGGACCAGAAGACUUUCAGGUUGUGACCAAAUCAUGGUACAUGCUUCUGUGGGCAGGAAAUCUCUCAUCUUAGACCUUGAAAAUGCUAUAAUUGUCAUCCAAGACAAUUAUGAGAACUACGGGUCUUAGUGCCAGUAGUUUGUAAAGUGUUUUGGGAUUUGCUUCUCUCAAGUGUGUGUGCUGACAGGUAAAAGAAUCCUUUUGAGCUUCUCUCCUGCUAUUAGCCUGCAGAAAAGCAGUUUAAAAUGUACCUGUAUCAGGUGCUCAAAUCAAUAGACAUGCUAUUCCAAAAGAUGGGCUUAGGAUCUUAUUUCAACCAAUUUGAAUUGUUUGUGUCACCCGUGGACAUAUGCAUUCCACUAGAGGCUCCACCCCUGCUUGUGCUGCUCACCACCCUGUCUACAAUCCACCCCCCCCAGCAAAAAAACCCCACCCCACACCAAAACCUACGCCACCUAGACCUUGACUACCCCCCACAACUCACUAGAUCAGGGGGUUUUCAUAAACUGCUUGAAGGAAAGCCUUGCCAAUUUCACUGGAGAGCAGGGAACAUCAUGAAGCAAAUGACUGAUAAUGGUGGGCUUGGAGGAUACCUGUUGGGUUGCACCCAAGUCUAGUCUCAGAGCAGUAUGGGCCUCCAUUAAGGGUAGGUAGGUGGGGCAGUGUCUUCUGACUUUGUUGCCAAGGGUGUGGUGAUAUUUGAAGUAGUAAAAGCAUGGUGUUUAUACUAUGGUAAUGAUCAUGAACUGAAAUGAGGAAAUAGUCCAAAUUGAUAAACAUCAAGCCUGAAAAUGCACCUGUUAUUUUGACUAUGGUCCCCAAUUGCAUGUUUUGCUGUUUUUGCCCAGCAUUUGGCGAUGUUUUCUCGGUCAUUGGUGUACGGGAGCCUCAACCAGCUGCAAGCGAAGCCUUUGUGAAAUUUGCAGAUGCCCACCGCAGCAUUGAGAAGUUUGGAAUCCGCCUUCUAAAAACUAUCAAACCGGUAAAGAAACAUAGAAUCGUAGAAUUUUGUAGGGGUGGAAGGACCUCAAGGGUCAUCCAGUCCAACCACCUUCAAUGCAGGAAUAUUAGCUAAAGCAUUUGUGGCAGAUGGCCAUCCAACCUCUGCUUGGAUGAAGGGAAGUUCAUCACCUUCCAGGGAAUGUUUGGGGUAUUUUACAGAGACUAAGGUAACACUGCGAACCACCCUGAGACCCCCAGGUAUAGGGCGGUAUAUAAAUUCAAUUAAAAAUAAGAAUAAGAAUAAAUGGUUUGCAGUCUCCUUUGGAGGGCAAAAGUGAGGUGAGGCAGAUAAGGCUCAAUAAAAGGGGUAACAGUGUUGGAGGACAAAGGGUGGCAUUAGGCCAGUUGUAGUACAGCUCUUUACUCACCGUUAUGUGGGGCUUUUCAUCUAGCUCUGCUUGUCUGCUCUCUCCACAGCACCUCUCCCAGCUAGGCAGGGACACAUCAAGGUCCAUUAAAACAGAGGAAGCCAGAUAUGGGGUAGUGGGGGGGAAAGGGGGGCUCAGAGACCUGGAAUGCCUUGAACUAAGACAGGGGAGUACGUGGAAGUGGCGGAAGGGUGCUAAUUUUAUGUGGCUUUGGAUCAGACCAAUAACAGGAGUGGUGAGCAGAGCCUCCCUCAGAUUGGCUAAUAGAUGUGCCACAAAUGUCGCAUCAGGUCCUCUUAAGUGAGAGAGAGGCUCCGUUGUGCAUCCCGUGUUUUAACUAUGCUGAGAGCUGACAGAACGGUUGACGUUCACAGAUCACAUCCACUUCUUGAGAUUACUAGGCUUGUUGCAUGCAGAAGAACCUUUUCUGCUCUGUUUGGUCCUACAUUUUUCACUGUUCAGCCUUUCCUUACAGAUGCUAACUGACCUGAACACUUACCUGAACAAGGCCAUUCCUGACACAAGGCUAACUAUCAAGAAGUAUCUGGAUGUCAAGUUUGAGUAUUUGGUAAGCUGUUCUUUUGUUGUUGUUAAGAAUGCUCAAGAGGGUGGUCCGCAUUGCCUGAAAUACUGACGAUAGUGGGUCCCAGGUGUUCUGCCAGUAGUGAACAAGAAGGAGGAUCUGUUUGUUCACUCAGGCUUCCUAAAAUGGUAAGUCACGGAAACAUUCAGAACAAGUAGACAUUUCAUGCAAGGGACCUACUGAUGGCUUUGCCUUGCACUCCCAGGUCAGAUAUAUCAAGCCAAGGGAACUGGCAGCACCAGAAUACAGCUCCUAAAUGGAGCAGCUUGUGUGAUUGGAUUGGAGUAGCAUUCACAGCAUGCUGUUGGUAGCUAGACAGGGUGCUGUUUCUUUCAGGUCUGCUCAUUUUCCCGUUUUAAAAUAAAAACAAGAACUAGAACAAGACCCAAGGGGAUAGGACAAGGCCCCAGUGCAAACCAGUAGCGCCAUACAAAUACAUGCCAUUCCACAGCUGCAGCAGGUAUGUCUUCCUGGCAGCAAUUCCAUUACAGCAUGAAUGUUGAGACUUAAGAACUAGCUUUGAAUAGGACAUGUUUUCUCUUAAAGUAAAGGUAAAGGGACCCCUGACCAUUAGGUCCAGUCGUGGCCAACUCAUCUCGCUUUACUGGCCGAGGGAGCCAGUGUACAGCUUCCGGGUCAUGUGGCCAGCAUGACUAAGCCGCUUCUGGCGAACCAGAGCAGCGCACGGAAACGCCGUUUACCUUCCCGCCAGAGGAAGGUACUUGCACUUUGACGUGCUUUCGAACUGCUAGGUUGGCAGGAAUGUUUUCUCUUAUUCAGGCGCAAAUCUUACUUCUGUUUAAUUUCUUUUCAUUCCCUCGGCUUGGGCAAUCGGGGAAGAAGAGAUGUUGUGAAAUACCACCUCCUUUCUUUUUCAGGGUUUACAUCUCUCUGAUCUUAGUGUGUGAUUUCUCCUCAUUGCCAAGCCUGACCAUUGAGGAAGCAGCAGACUGUUACUUUUUGACACAUGCGUCCAUUCACUGUUUUUCUUUUUGCUUAUUAACUGCAGACUCCCUAGAAUAAGUUCCUACACAUGUGCCUGUUUCCCCUUCCUAUGUCCUGGGAACUGUAGUUCAUUAAGGAUAAUGGGAACUGUAGUUCUGUGUGGGGUAAGAGUCCUUGUGUGCUUUCAAUGCAUGGUGUGUGCACAGCCACCAUUGGAAGAAAUGUGGAACUUGGAGAAAUUAAAAGUACAGUUCUGUCCUUAAAAGCGCAUCCCAAUCUGUCUGGAUGGAUGGUAGGAGUAGUUUGUAACAUUGCUUAUUUCUUAUUCCCUUUCAGUCUUACUGUCUCAAGGUGAAGGAGAUGGAUGAUGAGGAAUACAGCUGCAUUGUAAGUACUGAGCACUAGCAUGCACAGUGGUUACAUCCCAUCAUAGUCCCAUCUUUGCUCGUGGGCACUCCUAUUGCCUGCUUGCCUGCUUCACAGACUUAAAUGCAGGGGUGAGUGUACUAUGCUCAUGCUCACCAAAGUGGCAUUCUUCUGAAUCUUGCAUUGAUGUGCAGAUUGACACUAUUUAAGACAGUUCCCCCCAACUCUAAAUUGUGGCUCAGGGGAAGUCAGUUUAUGGACUAAGAUUAGAACUUACUUCAAGCGCUGUGGUCAUUUGUACCUUGCCAAGCAAGCAGCUAACAGAAUGUAUAGCUUUUAAUGUUUGGCUGUUGGCCAACCAGGGUUGCAGCAUGAUCAAGCGAGAAGCUUAAGUUUGGCCAGGCACAUUAGGGAAGCAUUUAGCCAUACAUGAAGCCAUUGCACGAUUUGUGGUUGGUUGCUACAUUGAUGUCAUAUUUUGGGCAGGCGCUGGGGGAGCCUCUCUACCGAGUCAGUACUGGGAAUUACGAAUACCGCUUAAUCCUGCGUUGCCGCCAGGAAGCACGGACGCGCUUUGCCAAGAUGCGGAAGGAUGUGCUAGAAAAGAUGGAGCUGCUAGACCAGAAACAUGGUGAGUGGGGUUGCCUUUUCCAAAGACUAGUUUGUAGAGACUCUGAUAUCUACAACUCCCUUCAUCCCUGACCAUUGGCCAUGCUGGCUGGGGCUGAUGGGAGACGGACUCCAACAACGUCUGGAGGGCUGCAGGCUCCCCACCCCUGCCCUGGAGCCAAUAAUGUUCACCUGCCAUCAAGCAUGCUACUGCUUCUUACCUGAGUCUGGCUGUGUUCUUCCCUGCCCCAUCUUGAAGUAUACCAGCUGUUCAGCCAAAUGUGCCAUUGCUCCAGUGUAGGGAUGGGUAACUGGCAAACCAAAAUCCGGAUGUUUUAUGAGCCAGCAGCUGAGCCAAGAUGUAGAGAACCGUGUUGGUCUUCGCAGGAAACACACCCAGAUUCUGGACCUUUCUAUCACUCUUCUUGUGACUUUUCCAGAUCUCUCUGUGUGUGACAGAUAGAAACUUAUUUGCCUGCCUUUGCUGUAGUGAGAUAAGAACGUUAAUGUCGCUGGAACUAGAAAAGCAGAGGGAUAUUUCAGAGUGACUUUAGGACAUCAGACAUACAUUGUGGAGGGAGGUUGAAUUGGAGAGGUGUCUUUGUGCUGGGAGAGCUCUCUGAGGUGAAGCUGAAAGAUCAAGGAUAGAACACUGUGAUGUGUGAUUUUUUAAAAACCAAACUUUUCUUUUUUUGAAGAAGUGACCUUAGAGCUUAAGGAGUGUUGAGCAACAUGAACAACUGUGUCCUUGUUUAGGAGGAAGGGUGGGGGGAGAUGCACACAGGAGCACCUUUUCAAAAUGUUGUAUCCAGUGCUUAUUUUUCUAGAAAAAGAGGUGGCAGAACGCCUCCCUUGUUCUCUUAGAUUGACAAUGGUGGCCCCCUGAGAGGUGCCAGAACCUAGUUCCAGCUGGAAAAAAAAGCCUGGUUGUAUCCCAUAACAACACAAUAGGGUCAGGUAUAAUAAUAAAUAGCUCGGUUGUGGAGCUGCUUCCUAUUGAGACCCCUGCACCUUGAGAUCUCUCCCAUGUAUGUCAGCUUACCUUCCUUUUGUCUAUAAACAAUUGCUGACUCUGCUUGGUUGAAUUGAUCCAUUCUGGAUCCUUCACUUUGCAGUGCUGCCUAUAUUAUACCAGGAAGUCAUAUCCACUGAGUUCCAAAAAGCCUAUUUCCAAGGGCUUGCUCUUGGUUCCACAAUCUUUGGCAUUUAGGCAUUUUGCUUUAAACAGUAAGUAGCAUAAGCCAGGCUGCCAAAAACAAGGGUUGCAGUAACUGUGAGGAUUCUGUAAGUUGGGUGCCUGCUUCCUACACACAUGCUGCGCCACCCCUUAACCACUGUCUGUCCUCUCUUGCAGUGCAAGACAUUGUGUUCCAGCUCCAGCGCUUUGUCUCAACCCUUUCCAAGUACUAUGACGACUGCUACGCGGUGCUGCGGGAUGCCGACGUCUUCCCCAUCGAAGUGGACCUGGCACGUACCACGCUGAGCUAUGGCCAGAAGGAUGUCUUCACAGAUGGUGCAGAGGAUGAGGACGAAGAGGAAGGUUGCGGAAGCCGUGAGUGCAACAGGAAGGAGGAAGAGAAUGGCGAGAAGCUCAUUGAUGAUGCCUGAGCUCAUGGACUUGAUGGAGUGGGAAAUCCCUUCAGAGACUGAUAAAUUCUAUUUCUCUAGGCAACUUGUCCACAUUGACUUUUUUUGUCUGUAUAAGCCCAGUUGGGGAAUCAAGAUUCUGUUCUGGAUGUGGGCAGAGGAGUGGGCCUUGUGCCGAAAGUGCUUUUGCACAAUCCCUCUUUCAGAAAACCCUUUCCUCCUUCCUUGUCUCUCUUUCCCCCAAAUCUUACUUCCCAUCCCUGGAAGUGGCAGGAAAGAGACAACUACCUGGGAGAACACCCUUGAACCUCAUCCCAUGGUGGCUCUCUGUGCAGAGGGAUUGUGACUGAAUGUGCAGGACACACACAAACAUACCCUUUCAUUAACUAAAAUGUCAGAAAUGGUUCUUGCAGUCAGCCUGACCUCCUUGUGCAUCAGCUAAGUCCAAAAACUUGUCCCCAUUCCUACUUUCCAGUGUGUGAGAAGAAUGGAAGUGGAUAAGUUUGGUCUCCUUCCUUCUUUCUCUUAACUUACCUUGCUGUUAGUAGGCGGGUCUUACAACAUGCCCCUUCCCUACUACUAGGCAUGGCUCUUAUUAGACAAGAAAGGAAUCAGGGUGAAUGGAAACUGGGUGAAGCCAGAACGAUCAGCCUCUGAGAGACUAAUCAAUAAAGGGCAUCAGAAGGACAUCCAGGAGAAUCAGUUUUUGUCACUAUCAUUCUUCUCAUCAGGAUCAAGUCAGUAUGGACCAGCAAUAUGGGACUUGACACUGGGGAGAGAUUACCCAGGUUUACAUUCCCAGUCCCCACUGGUUUUAAGGAUCUCACAGCCUGCCUUUUACACUAUCUUGCAUAGGUGCUUUGCUGCAUGAAGUUUUCUAAAACUUAAGCCUUAUAUAGUAUUUAAAAAGGUGUUAGAUUUGGAAAAAAGCAAACAUAUCUUGGGGUGGGGGGAUGAUUAUCCGUGGAAUGAGGCCCAUAGAUUUGCUGAGGUUAAAGAUCAAACAGCCAGUUUAAGCAUUAAAGCUCUCAAUUCCUACACUGCACUUUCAUUACACCUACACAUUUACUUUUAUUCCUUUUGAAAUGCUGCUUCUGAGGACAGAGAGCCUAUUAUGCGCCUUGACCAGUGUCCGCACCCCCCUCACUCGCCCACAUGAAUCUCCCGACACCAAGGCAAGAGGGGCGGGGAGAGAAGGCUUGUUUGUUUUCUGAGGAAUUAUUCCAAUCCUGUAUCAUUCUGAUAUUUUUUCAUGCAAUGGAAUGGCAUUUUGUCCUGAUUAGCAAGAGUGAUCUUUUGGUAAUAAAGGGGUGUUGGUUAACUCUUAUGUAGAUUGUGCCAAUUGGCAAGGAGAAAAGCUACAGAAGAGCUUAAAAUUUAUGACAUAUAUGCUUUCCCCUUGGUUUUUUAUUUCUGUUGUGUCUUUAUGACUGGCCAAGAAAAGACCAUGUGGGUCCAGCGUAUUCUUCAGAGCGCUUUUAUGUGUUGAACUGUGUGACCAAUAAAGAAAAAUGUGAACUUUGUUGUCUUAC